UGCCGUCGCCGUCCUAGGAAACGUAAAUCCACGUGGAGCACCCCCCGUGAUCUCUCCUCGUGCUAGUCGGGCUGCUGUUGCUGUGGAGAUAGAACUGGUCCGACAGAGUUUAGCUCGCUUUGGACUCCCAACAGGAACACAACGGUACCGUUUAAAGAGGACGGGCAGCUGUCCAGCGUCUGGUUGUGUCCCUGAACACACCGCAGCCCCCCCGGUGAUAUGGCUGCUGCAAACUACCUACAAUCUGAAGAUCAGUUUCUGUGCUCCAUCUGUCUGGAUGUGUUCACUGAUCCUGUUAGCACACCAUGUGGACACAACUUCUGCAAGAACUGCAUCACUGAACACUGGAAUACUAGUAACAGGUGCCUUUGUCCCCUGUGUAAGGAGGGUUUUACCACAAGACCUGAUUUGAGGGUCAACACUUUCAUCUCUGAGAUGGUUGCUCAGUUCAGACAGUCAGCUCAACAGAAAGCCAGCAGCAGCAGCUCAGAGCAACAAGUGUCCAAACCAGGAGAAGUUCCCUGUGACGUCUGCACUGGAACCAAACUGAAGGCCCUGAAGUCCUGCCUGGUGUGUCUGGUCUCCUACUGUGAGAUUCACCUGGAGACUCAUCAGACCACGUCAGGCCUGAAAAGACAUCAGCUGAUCGACCCUGUGGAGAACCUGGAAGGCAGGAUGUGUACGAAGCACGAUAAACCUCUGGAGCUGUUCUGUAAGACCGACCAGACAUGUGUCUGCAUGCUCUGCUCUGUUUUAGACCACAAGAUGCAUGAUGUUGUUCCUCUGAAAGAAGAAUAUGAAGGAAAGAAGGCAGAGCUGGGGAAGACAGGAGCUGAAAUUCAGCAGAUGAUCCAGAAGAGACGACUGAAGAUUCAGGAGAUCAAACACUCAGUCGACCUCAGUGAGGAAGAUGCAGACAGAGAGAUAGCAGAAGGUGUUCAGGUCUUCACUUCUCUGAAGGAGUCUGUUGAGAGAGGCCUGAAUGAGCUCAUCAACACCAUCAAAGAGAAGCAGAAAACAACAGAAAAACAGGCUGAAGCUUUCAUCAAAGAGCUGGAACAGGAAAUCUCUCAGCUGAUGAAGAGGAGCACUGAGGUGGAGCAGCUCUCACGUUCUGAAGACCACCUCCAUCUUCUCCAGAGUGUCCAGUCCCUAAACAUCCAACAACCUCCACCCACCAAGGACUGGACAGAGGUCAGCAUCCGUCCAUCAUCAUAUGAGGGGACUGUGGUGAAAGCUAUGGUUCAGCUGGAGGAGACACUCAGUAAAGAGAUGAAGAAGCUGCUUGAAGCCGAGCUGAAGAGGGUCCAGCAGUAUGCAGUGGAUGUGACUCUUGAUCCUGAUACAGCACAUCCUCAACUCAUUCUGUCUGAUGAUGGGAAACCAGUGAAUCAUGGUCCAACUGGACCAAAUCCACGGAGGAAUGACCCAGCAGAGGACAGGCUGUGGCGAGUUCGGCCAGAGUUUGUAAAGCGAGUGUCUGAUCCUGUUCUGAACCAGCUUCUGGAUAAACUCCUUGAGCGUGGUGUUAUAACUGAUGGUGAAAUGCAGUCAGCCAGAACACAGAGAGGCAGAGCAGACAAAGCCCGAGACGUGAUGGACACGGUGAGAAGAAAAGGAAGGGCAGCCAGCUCAGUUCUGAUCGCUGCUCUCUGUGAGCUGGAUCCAGUCCUUUCCAGAGAGCUGAGAUUAAUCUGAGAGUUGUGAUGAAUCUCUAUGAUAACUGACUGUUGCACAUUGUCUCUUUUAAAUGAAAAGCUGUUAAAGUCCGUUUUUAAUAAGUGGACUUUGACUCUGAAAGUGAUUCAGUCAAGGAAGGAGCGGAGUGUUCUUAGUUUCAGCCUCUAGAUGGAGACAGAACUACUGAAAAAGAUUUCUGAAUAAACUUUGAACAUUGUUUAAAGAAAUA